UGUAUGAGUGAGCUCCGGCAACAGAUGGUGGUAGCCGGGAGAGAGUGACAUCCGACGGGCUGGAAACACUGAUGAUGGGGGGAGUCCGGGCCAGCUAACAGAGUCUGUUGUUUAAUAAGGAACCGGAACAAGGCUUAAUCAAGCUGACUUCAUUGAGGACUUCUCGCCUACAGUCUUUUGAUUUUAUCUCUUUUUGAACUGAAAAAGUUAAGCUAACUAGUCAGCUAGCUUAGCAUAAUGCUAGUUAGCAUGCUAGUUAGCCACAAUGCUAGUUAGCCAUAAUGCUAGUUAGCUAACGUUAGCAGCGACUCUCUAGCAUGUUGAAUGAAUGAAUGCACAACUGCGUUUAACUAACUUGUUGUUAUUACAAUAACACGUCGAGUAUUACAUGAGACACCAGAGGGUUUCUCUCAGCAGGGUUGAGCCUGUGUGGCUAACUCUCUGACUGGUAUACACUACAUCAUAUAUACCCUCACAUGGACAGGAAUGCGUUGCCAGGGAGUUGUUGGUGGACAGCGUCGGUUUAGCACGCAGAGAUCAGUGUUGUGCUAAUACUGACAGAAAGGGUUUGCACUACUUUGACUUGGCUGCGAUAGUGUGAAGCUUUACGCCGGGGUUUAGGUUUAUAGCAUGGGUAACACGGUGUCAUGCUGCGGAUCUCCCGAGUCCAGCCCCAAACUACCAUCCAGACAGCCUGCAGAGCGGCUGGAGGAGCUGCAGACCAGCACCGAGGUGAGCGAUGACAACACGGUGCCCUACCUGCAGCACAUCAGCGACAGAGAGGUCCCAGAUGAGCUGGCCUCGGAGUCUAACCCGUCUGACCACGCCCGAGCGAGCACCAUCUUCCUUAGCAAGUCCCAGACAGACGUACGAGACAAGAGGAAAAGCAACCACAUAAAUCAUAUCAGUCAUGUAUCUCCUGGUCCACUGUCAAAGAAAUACAGCUCCUGUUCCACGAUCUUCAUAGACGACAACACCGUCAGCCAGCCAAACCUCAAAAGCACAAUCAAAUGUGUCACAUUAGCAAUAUACUACCACAUCAAAAACAGGGACUCAGGCAGGUCACUGGACAUCUUUGAUGAGAAGUUGCACCCCUUAUCAAGAGAGCCAGUGCCAGAUGACUACUCCCGUGCGGACCUAGAACACAAACUGAUCUACCGCUUCGUCAGAACGCUCUUCAGCUCUGCACAGCUCACUGCAGAAUGUGCCAUUGUCACUCUAGUGUACUUGGAGCGCCUGCUGACCUACGCUGAGCUGGAUAUCUGCCCCGCCAACUGGAAGCGCAUCGUCCUGGGAGCCAUCUUGUUGGCUUCCAAAGUGUGGGAUGACCAGGCUGUGUGGAACGUCGACUACUGCCAGAUCCUUAAAGACAUCACUGUGGAGGACAUGAAUGAGAUGGAGCGCCACUUCCUGGAACUUCUCCAGUUUAAUAUCAACGUGCCAGCCAGUGUCUAUGCCAAGUACUACUUUGAUCUGCGGCAGCUGGCUGAUGACAACAACCUCGGCUUCCCCCUAGAGCCUCUCAACAACCAACGCGCCCAGAAACUCGAGGCCAUUUCAAGACUAUGUGAAGACAGGUAUAAGGACCUUAGUCGACCAGCGAUGAGACGAUCCUUCAGCGCUGACAACCUGAUAGGUAUACGACGCUCCAACGCUGUGCUGUCAUAGGCCAGACUGCUGCCCUCUGAAAUCCCAAAGCCCAGCUAACCCACAGCCAGCCCCGGACAAAGGUGGCCACCUCACGGGUUCAACACAGCCACAUCAGGCAGGAUUCAGGCUUCAAAUGCUACUGUAUGCCCAAACAGUAAUUUGCAUUACGGCUGUAGAGCUGCGUGAUUGUCAAAGUACACUUGCAAUUGACGUGUUAACCUAAAAAGUCACCACACAACUAUUGUUUUUACAAAUCCCUUAUUUAUUUCGUACUUAUUUCCCGGCAAGUGUUAAGUAGGAAUUGCGCUACUGCAGUUAUCUUUGAGGGGUAGUCUUUGUAUUGUCAUGAAAAUGUAAUUUUUUUCCCCAAAAUAUUUGAAUUAUUCCAUGCAGCCUGGUGUUAUUCUAUACUUUAGUUGUUGUCUCCAAAAUCUAUGAGAAGACCAAAACAACAAUGCGUUUCUCUGUCAGUCUCUCUGCACUUUCUGACUUCCCUACCCCGUCUGCGUUCAGUAAUUUCCUAAAACAGCUGCCAUUGUAAUUUUCAUCAAAUGUUACUCAGAGGAGGAAAUAGUGCAUUUAUUGGACUAUUUUUAGCAGUGGAUUAAUACAUAUUUGGCGCUUCUAGUGCAGGGAUCUAGGGAUUCUAGUGUCAUGCUUCGUGAACGGCAUUGAGCAAAAACAUUCUACUCAACUGUCAGUGUCAGUCGUCAGUGGUUACGUGGUUGUUAACUCUAAUGUUGCUGCACCGUGGCUGACAGUAGCAGAUGCCAGGAAGUUUGUCUGUGAACACACCAGUGUCGAGAUCACCGGACACUUUACGACCACCAGCCUCCGCUUCAAAACAAUGCGAGCAUUAUGAUGAUAGAGACACAUGCCUGUUUGUCUGUAUCAGUCCUGCCACCACAUGCUCUCUGACUGUGUGUGUGAGCGCGCUCAGCUGAUGUCCCUGCAGAGUAGAAAGCGGAGCUACCUCAGAAAACACCGGUGGCAGCAACGUGACAUUUGCCGCAGUAAGCUUUAAAAAGUCCACUGAAUGGGCUGCAUUUUCCAUACACGGCAAACAGAUGUUUUUGGGCUGAAUUAAUUAAUUAUCUUUAUUUACAUUACACUUUUAGAAGUUGAGUUGAUUCCGUAGCUUCACAUGAUUUGAAUCAAGUCUUGUUAUUUUUGGCAUAGGUUUAUUUUAUAAAUAAUUUAAUUUAAAACCAAUAUAUAGGCUGGAUAAAACAUGUUCCCCCUUAAAGUAACCGUGUUUAGUUUAGUUGAAUAAGAGUGAAUUUAUGUUUCUAGUAAAACAAUAUAUUAACCAUCAUUGUGGCAUCCCUUGAUAAACCUUACAGUGAAGGUGUCAAGAAGUAAAUAAUAAAUAAGGUCUAAUGAUUCUUAGUUACAAACAUUCUGAUCAGUCAGGAAUAAAUUCAAUAUCGAUAGCUAUUUACACACUUUGUGGGCUAAAACGCACUAGAAGCCUAAUUCUUAAAAUAUACAAUAAUGUUUUGUUUUUUUUACUUCGGGUAGCUCCCUCUUUUUCAUCAUACCUGCGUUUGCAUCCCGGCUAUUGAGUAUUUACAGCAGCAGGGCGGUGUACAGUACACUACUA